CAAGGACCUCCGAGCUUUCCACUAUCCGUCCGAGCAGAUCGUCAUGACCGACAACUACGUUCCUCCACCACCGAACCCACUGAGAAAGUCUUCAAGCAACCCGGUCUUCUUCGCCGAUCCAGCGCUGAGAGAAGGCGUCGCUGAGCUCUUUGGCUACACGGUCCAGUCCAGGGACAAAAAUCGAAACGGCAGCGGCAAUACUUGGCAAAUGCGCCAGAAGCUACCCUACGAUCCCAACGACGACGAUCUGAUGGCUUGGAGGAAGCGGUUAGAGGAUGGAGCCGACAAUGGAGGUGAUGAGGUGAAGGCAAAUGGCCAUGUAAGCGACACUUGGCCGCUGUGGAAUUCCCGGUUUGAUCUGGGUUUCGACCUGUAAUCGCCGCGGUUACACGAGACUAUUUUGAACCUAAAUGAGCUCGCUGUUUG